AUGCUUGGCAAUGGAGUUAUUGGAAUCCUCUCGGAGUCUGUGAACAAGUGGGAAAGAAGGGUGCCUUUAACCCCAUCGCAUUGCGCUCGACUUUUGCAUAGUGGGAAGUAUAAAACUGGAGUGUCUAGGAUAAUUGUGCAGCCGUCGACGAAGCGUAUCCAUCAUGAUGCAAUUUAUGAGGAUGUUGGCUGUGAGAUUUCUGAUGAUUUGUCUGAAUGUGGUCUCAUUGUGGGAAUUAAGCAGCCGAAGCUGGAGAUGGUUCUUCCUGAUAGAGCUUAUGCCUUCUUCUCUCAUACUCACAAGGCUCAGAAAGAAAACAUGCCUUUGUUAGAUAAGGUACUAGCUGAGAGGGUGUCGUUAUAUGACUAUGAACUCAUCGUUGGAGACCAUGGGAAAAGGUUACUUGCAUUUGGGAAAUUUGCUGGCAGAGCUGGGUUCAUUGAUUUCUUGGGUGGAUUAGGACAGCGUUAUCUAAGUCUUGGGUAUUCCACGCCCUUCCUCUCAUUGGGUGAAGCUUACAUGUAUUCAUCCUUGGCUGCUGCCAAAGCUGCUGUUAUUUCUGUCGGCGAAGAGAUCACUACUUUUGGAUUACCAUCUGGAAUCUGUCCUUUGGUAUUCAUAUUCACUGGAUCUGGAAAUGUUUCUCAUGGUGCACAAGAGAUAUUUAAGCUUCUUCCACACACUUUUGUUGAUCCCAGCAGACUUCCAGAACUAUUUGCACAAGGCAGGGAUCUCGGUCCACAUUCGAAGGCUUCAAAGAGAGUAUUCCAAGUAUAUGGUUGUGUUGUGACUUGUCAAGACAUGGCUGAACACAUAGAUUCUUCAAAAACAUUUGAUAAAGCAGACUAUUAUGCGCAUCCAGAGCACUACAAGCCCAUUUUCCAUGAAAAAAUAGCCCCAUAUGCAUCUGUUAUUGUCAAUUGCAUGUACUGGGAAAAAAGAUUUCCUCGGCUGUUGAGUACCCAGCAGCUUCAAGAUCUAACGAGGAAAGGAUGUCCGCUUAUUGGAAUUUCUGACAUAACUUGUGACAUUGAGGGCUCAUUAGAGUUCAUUAACCAAACAACAUCAAUUGACUCCCCAUUCUUAAGUUUGACUGAAAUUAGAGAUGGUGAUGAUCGUCCAGGGAGUUCUUUAACAACUGAGAUGAAAUCUGGAGAGAUGAUGGAAUCUAACUAUAGAAGAUAUGAUCCAUUAAAUGAUUCGUAUCACCACGACAUGGAGGGUGAUGGUGUGAUAUUUUCAUCUGUUGACAUUCUUCCUACACAGUUUGCAAAAGAGGCUUCCCAGCAUUUUGGAGACAUACUAUCCCAAUUUAUUGGCAGUUUGGCUUCAACAAUUGACAUUACCAAGUUACCUUCACAUCUGAGGAAAGCUUGCAUAGCCCAUGGUGGAGCACUUACCCCCUCGUUUGAAUACAUUCCACGCAUGCGAAACUCUGAUUCAGAAGAUAUAGCAGAAAGUCUUACAAAUUUAAAGUCCACCAGGAAUAAGUUCAGUAUUUUGGUAUCUCUGAGUGGACACUUAUUUGAUAUAUUUCUAAUAAAUGAGGCAUUAGAUAUUAUUGAAGCUGCUGGUGGCUCCUUCCACUUGGUUAAGUGUCAAGUGGGUCAAAGUACUACUGCUAUGUCAUACUCUGAUCUCGAAGUUGGUGCAGAGGAUAAGGCAGUUCUGAAUCAAAUUAUUGAUUCUUUAACUUCUCUUGCCAAUUCAGAUGAAAGUAAUGGAUUUUUAAAUAAAGAAGCAAAUAAAAUUUCCAUCAAGGUUGGUAAAGUCCAGGAGAAUGAUAUUAAGAAGGGAAACGAUACAAAAAGGAAGACUGCGGUUCUAAUUAUUGGUGCAGGUCGCGUCUGUCGACCAGCUGUCGAGUUUUUAACGUCAAUUGGAAGCAGUUCAUCUCACGAAUGGUACAAAGCAUGUCUAGAUACUGAUUUUGAAGAGCAGAAUGUAGUUGAAGUUGUUGUUGCUUCUCUUUAUCUUAAGGAUGUGGAAGAGAUUAUUGAUGGAAUUUCUAAUGCAACGGCAGUUCAGCUUGAUGUGAUGGAUGAUGAAAGUCUUUGCAAGUAUAUUUCACAGGUUGAGCUUAAAAAGCAUCUUGUCACAGCUAGCUACGUUGAUGAUUCUAUGUCAUUGCUAGAUGGAGAGGCAAAAGCUGCUGAUGUUACAAUUCUUGGGGAGAUGGGCUUGGAUCCAGGAAUUGAUCAUAUGAUGGCAAUGAAGAUGAUCAACCAUGUACAUGUUCGGAAGGGGAGAAUAAAGUCCUUCACUUCUUAUUGUGGAGGACUCCCAUCCCCAGCAGCUGCAAAUAACCCAUUAGCAUAUAAAUUCAGCUGGAGUCCUGCAGGAGCCAUCCGAGCUGGGCGCAAUCCUGCCACCUAUAAAUCUCAUGGUGAAAUUGUACAUGUUGAUGGUGAGAAACUUUAUGAUUCAGCAGUCAGAUUUCGGAUACCGAAUCUUCCAGCUUUUGCAUUAGAAUGUCUUCCAAAUCGCAAUUCUUUAGUUUAUGGCAAACUGUAUGGCAUAGAAGAUGAAGCAUCCACCAUCUUUCGUGGAACACUCCGCUAUGAAGGAUUUGGUGAAAUAAUGGGGACACUUGCAAGAAUUGGUCUAUUUAGUACCGAAUCUCAUCUAGCUUUAAGACAUGGACAGAGACUCUCAUUCAAAAGAUUCCUUUGUGAGCUGCUAAACAUUGUUAGCGAAAAUCAUGAUGGAGUUCUGCUAGGAGAGAAGGAAAUUAGUGAGAGAAUCGUUGCACUUGGGCAUUGCAAAGAGCAAGGAACUGCAGUAAGGACUGCCAAAACCAUUAUAUAUUUAGGACUUCAUGAGCAGACAGAGAUUCCUGUCUCCUGCCGAAGUUCAUUUGAUGUUACCUGUUACUGCAUGGAAGAAAGGUUGACCUAUUCCAACACAGAACAGGAUAUGGUGCUUUUGCAUCAUGAAAUGGAGGUAGAAUUCCCUGACAACCAAGCUACAGAGAACCAUAGGGGCACGCUAUUAGAAUUUGGAAGGACUGAGAAUGGGAAAACAACCACUGCCAUGGCUCUCACUGUUGGUGUUCCAGUAGCCAUUGGAGCUCUGCUCUUGUUAGAGAACAAGAUCAAUACAAGAGGUGUCUUACGGCCGUUUGAACCUGAAGUAUAUGUACCAGCGUUGGAUAUCUUACAAGCGUAUGGCAUCAAGACAAAUCAAGUGUACGUAAUUGUUGAGAUUACAAAACUUGUAGCUUAUGGAUCACAGAAAUGGAUGUCUCAUUAUAAGUUUCCAAAACCAAUCAGAUAUGGAGAUGGUUACCACGUUAUGCAACCAUACUAUGUGGGCCGGGAUCCAAGUUUGAAUUGUUGCAACCUUAGAAACUUUCUGGCUGAAACUGACGAGAACGUCAAUGAGAUGGAUGAGUUUUGGUUGAAAGCUUAUGAGAAUGUCAAAAUAGAAAAGGAUGAGUGCCCUAGUCCUUGCUCCAUUGCACAUCCCAUCCAUCGCAGAAACAAACUCCGUCAUGGCUCCCAAAGCGAAAGGCAAAACGACGGCGUCGCAGCAGCCUCCCCUCCAAUUGAAGAUCUAUUCACUAAUCUCAAUCGACAGAUCGAGCGAUCUGAGUUCGAGCAAGCCGUCAAAGUCGCCGAUCAAGUUCUGAAAGUCGCUCCAAACGAUGAAGACGCGAUUCGAUGCAAAGUGGUGGCUUUGAUAAAGUGUGAUAGCAUUGACAAAGCUCUUUCAGCCAUCCACUCUGCUCAAAGGCAAAACCUUCCUUUUGAUUUCACUUACUUCAAGGCAUACUGCUUAUACCGACAAAACAAGUUGGAUGAAGCAUUGGAGUUGUUGAAUGGUCUCGAGAGAAAUUCAGAAACAAUGUUGCUAGAAUCUCAGAUUCUAUUUCGUCUAGGAAAAAUGGAUGCUUGUGUUGAUGUCUAUCAAAAGCUUCAAAAAUCCAAGAUUGAUUCCUUAGAAAUAAAUCUUGUUGCUGGCUUGAUUUUGGCUGGGAAGUCUUCUCAAGUUCAGGGAAUGAUGGAGGCAAAUCGGAUUAAAGCAUCUUCCAGUUUUGAGUUGGCAUACAACACUGCUUGUUCUUUGAUUGAGAGGAAUAAAUACACUGAUGCAGAACAGCUUUUGCUUACAGCCCGAAGAAUUGGUCAGGAAACACUGAUGGAUGACAAUUUGGCUGAGGAUGACAUAGAUAUUGAAUUGGCUCCUAUAGCUGUGCAGCUGGCAUACGUUCAACUACUCUUAGGACGUUCACCAGAGGCCAUGGAAGGUUACGCAGAAAUCAUUAAUCGAAAUUUGGCAGAUGAAUCAUCCUUUGCAGUUGCUGUGAACAAUCUUGUUGCUUUGAAAGGUUCAAAAGAUGUUUCUGAUAACCUGAGAAAACUCGAUCGGUUAAAAGAACAAGAUGCACAGAGUUUCCAGCUUGGUCGUGGACUUGACAAACUUUCUCCAAAACAGAAGGAAGCAAUAUAUGCAAACCGAGUGCUUUUGCUUCUGCACGCAAAUAAGAUGGAUCAGGCACGAGAACUUGUCGCUGCUCUGCUUGACAUGUUUGCUGACAGUGUACUGCCAGUGCUGCUUCAAGCUGCAGUCUUUGUCAGAGAGAACAAGGCUGCUAAAGCUGAAGAAAUACUGGGCCAGUUUGCUGAGAAGUUCCCUGACAAGUCUAGGGUCAUUCUUCUUGCAAGGGCACAAGUUGCUGCUGCUGCUGGCCAUCCCCAAAUUGCGGCUGACUCCCUAUCUAAGAUACAUGACAUUCAGCACAUGCCUGCUACUGUUGCAACUCUAGUUGCUCUUAAAGAGCGUGCUGGAGAUGUUGAUGGUGCAUCCGCUGUACUUGACUCUGCAAUCAAAUGGUGGUCGAAUGCAAUGACUGAGGACAACAAGCUGAAUGUUAUAAUGCAAGAGGCCGCUUCCUUCAAGGUCAGGCAUGGCAGGGAGGAAGAUGCUGCGCACCUAUAUGAGGAGCUUGUCAGAAGCCGGGGGAGCAUAGAGGCGUUGGUUGGGCUGGUAAAUACAGUUGCCUGGGUGGAUGUUGACAAGGCAGAAGCCUAUGAGAAGAAGCUGAAACCAUUGCCAGGUCUGAAGGGGAUUGAUGUGGAGAGUUUGGAGAAGACUUCUGGGGCGAAGCAUGUUGAAGGUGCUUCUGUUGCCGUUACUGAUGCACAUGAGGAGGGUAAGAAGGAGAAGCCAAAGAAAAAGAGAAAGAGAAAGCCAAGGUAUCCGAAAGGGUUUGAUCCUGCUAAUCCAGGCCCUCCUCCAGAUCCAGAAAGGUGGCUCCCGAGGAGGGAGAGAUCGAGUUAUAGGCCCAAGAGAAAGGAUAAGAGGGCAGCUCAAGUGAGAGGCUCUCAGGGUGCUGUGGUGAGAGAAAAACAUGAAGCUGGUGCCACUUCUACUAGUUCCAACACAUCGAAUUCAAAAUCAAGCCAACCUACAACUUCUAAAGUAGCUGCAGAACAAUCCAAGCCAUCAUCAAAGUCAUCAAGAAAGAAGUCAAGGAACUAA